AUGUCUUCCUCUCCAAGUCCAUUAGCAGACUUCUCAACAUGCGAGCUCUCCGACGCCCUCAUCAAGCUCGGCCACCUCUCAGGCGGCCACAUCCCCGACCUGCACCCUAUCUCUACCUCACCAACAACCAAACGCCUGUGCGGGCCGGCGUUUACGGUCAAGAUGGUGUUGGCAACGAAUAAAGAUGCGCCGAAACUGCAGGGCCAUUUUGUGGAUAUGAUUGAGAGUGGGUGUGUGGCGUUCGUUGCUGCGCCGGCUAGCGCGCAAAAUGCCGUAUGGGGCGGGCUAAUGACGCUCGGCGCCCAAUCCCGCAACUGCCUCGGUACAAUCGUGCACGGCCGCAUCCGCGAUACGUCUGAACACAUCGCCGCGUCGUACCCCCUGUACGCACUGGGCACAUCAACCGUCGGCCAGUCGCCCCACACGCGCGCUUCGGAGGUGCAAGUACCACUUGUAGUCAACUCCGGAGAAGGGGGCCUGCCUGGGGUGGAAGUAAGACCGGGCGAUAUAUUGGUUGCGGAUGAGGAUGGGGUCGUUUGUGUGCCCAGGGAGGUGGAGGGGAAGGUGGAGGAGCUGGCGAGGAAGGGACGGAAGGUUGAUGAGAGGUGUGCGGAGGAUAUUAGGAGGGGGGUUGGGGUUCAGGAGGCUUUUAGGAGACAUCGGGGCAAGUUGUAG